AUGGGAAGGAACUAUGUCUUCCAGAAACGCUACGUCAAGUUUGACGGCAAAAAUUUGAUGUACUUUGGCAGUGAGAAGGAUGUCUACCCUAAAGGAGUGAUCCCAUUGGCUGCCAUCCAGAUGACCCGACCCUCCAAAGACAACAAGUUUGAAAUAGUGACGAGUCAGCGGAUCUUUGUGUUCAGGACUGACAAUGACGUGCUGAGGCGGCGCUGGGUGUCUACGCUGCAGGAACACGCUGCUGUUGGGAUAAAUUGUCUUCAUGUGUUCUUCUGUCUGCAGUGUUUUCGAAAUGGAAUCGGUAUCACGAUAAUUGAAGCUCGAGGAGCAACGAUCCGAGAUGGAAAACACAAGAGCUUUGACCUCAUUACUCUGUACAAAACCUUCAGCUUCACGGCAGAGUCAGAACGUGAGAAGCGGGACUGGAUGGAGGCGCUGCAGGAAUCCAUCGCAGAGACGCUGUCAGAUUACGAGGUAGCUGAGAAGAUCUGGUCCAACCGAUCCAACAGGAUGUGUGCCGACUGCAAGGCACUGAACCCCGACUGGGCCUCCAUCAAUCUGUGUGUCGUCAUCUGCAAGAACUGUGCAGGACAGCACAGAGGUCUGGGGACGAUGGUCUCUAAAGUUCAGAGUCUGAAACUGGACACCAGUGUUUGGAGCAACGAGAUCGUCCAGCUGUUCAUUAUGCUGGGGAACGACCGGGCCAAUGAUUUCUGGGCGGCUCGUCUGUCUCCUUCAGAGGAUCUGGACUGCGACGCUUCGCCUGAGCAGAGGAGGGAGUUCAUAACCCAGAAGUACCGAGAGGGUCGAUACCGGCUCCCCCACCCAUCGUUCUGCAGCCAGGAGGAGCUGCUCAAGGUCUUGUGUUCGGCUGUCUCUGAACAGACUCUUCUGAAAACUGUAACCCAGAUUUUCUUGGAGGCGGAGUCAGCUCGCCUCUCUGAUACCUCCAGCAGCUGCCAGCAGCCCCCACUUCUGGACUGUUGCCCCAGCUCAGAUCCCAGCGUGUACGAUGAGAUCAUGCAGCCUGUUCUCCACUCGGGUUACCUCUACAAGUCCGGCUCGGUCAACAGAGGAACACUGUCCAGAAAAGCACGAGAAGACUUUCAGAAGUUCUGGUGCUCGGUAGAUCAGUCUCUGCUGCUCUACGAGUCAGACCGAUCAGCCGAUCCUUGCAUGCAGAUCAACGUUAAAGAAAUUGUGUGUCUGGGAGUCAGUCGACCAGACUCCUCCAACACCAACAAUGGAUUCAUUGACAGGUUUCGUUACACUUUCGAGUUGUGUCUGACUUCAACGAAACUCUAUCAGUUUGGUUUGGAAACAGCUGACGCGCUUCACAGCUGGACCAAAGCCAUCGGAAAGGCUACAACGCCACUUAGCUGUCACUGCCUGCUGACCCGGGAGUUUGAGCGAGUCGGCCUCCUGCGGUACCGGGCCAUGCUAGACCCUCAGCAAUGGAAGGAGGCUUAUUUUGUCCUGCAGAAGUCCAACCUCUUCAUCUGCCCCCAAACCGACGGAGCUGCAGAGGAUAUCAUCAACCUGAACCGCCUGCAGGAGCUGAGUAUCACCUCUGAGGUCGAGAACCAGGAGAAGAAAGACAUCCUGGUGUUGGUUGAAAAGGGAAGGACUCUCCACCUGCAGGGCGUCAGCCGAACAGAUUUCUCUCUCUGGUACUCGGACAUCCAGCGGGCGGCUGGCGGAAAAGGAAACACCCUGAGAGAGCAGCAGCUGAGCCGAAAUGACAUCCCCAUCAUCGUGGACAGCUGCAUCGCUUUCAUCACGCAGUACGGUCUGGGCCAUGAGGGGAUCUACAGAAAAAACGGGGCCAAAUCCAGGAUCAAGCUGUUGAUGGAAGAGUUUCGUAAAGAUGCCCGAAACGUCAAAUUACGGAUUGGAGACCACUUCAUCGAGGAUGUGACUGACGUUCUGAAGAGGUUCUUUAGGGAGAUCGAUGACCCUGUCUUCAUGGCUGACCUCCACCCGCUGUGGCAGGAGGCUGCCAAAAUCUCCCAGAAGCGUCUGAGGUUAGACCGAUACAAAGAAAUCAUCUGGAGUCUUCCUCGAGUGAACAGGACAACUCUGGCUGCUCUCAUUAGUCACCUGUACAGGGUCCAGAAGUGUGCUGAUCUUAACCAGAUGUGCACCAAGAACCUCUCGCUGCUGUUCGCUCCGAGCCUGUUCCAGACCGAUGGGAAGGGGGAGCACGAGGUGAAGAUUGUAGAGGAUCUGAUAGACAACUACCUGUACGUCUUUGAUAUCGAUGAGGAGCAUCAGACUCAGAUUGAGCUGGAAAUCAGCCUGAUCACCACCUGGAAGGACACUCAGUUGUCUCAGGCCGGUGAUCUGAUCAUUGAAGUCUACCUGGAGAUGAAGAUGCCAGACUGCUGCAUAACUCUCAAAGUGUCUCCCACCAUGUGUGCUGAGGAGCUGACCAAUCAGGUUCUCUACAUGAGGAAUGUCCCGGCCGGAGACAAAGACGUCUGGAUGACGUUUGAGGCCAUCGAGGAUGGACAGCUGGAGCGUCCAUUACACCCCAAAGAGAAGGUCCUGGAACAGGCUCUGCAGUGGUGCAAGAUGGCUGACCCGAGCUCUGCCUACCUGGUGGUGAAGAGAGUUCCUAAACGAGAAGGCAUCACUAUCCUCACCUCCUAUAAAAGUGAGAUCAUGAAGGUCGGACUCUUACGAUGUCGUGAAGAACCUCCAAAGCUCCUCCAGGGAACUAGGUUCCAGGAGAGAACAUUCCAGAUCCGGGACCACAAACUGCUGCUGCUCAAAGACAAGAAGAGCAUCAAACCAGAGAAGGAAUGGUCUCUGAAGUCCAUGAAGAUCUACAUCGGCAUUCGCAGAAAGCUGAAAGCUCCGACAAGGUGGGGAUUCACAGUGAUGUCAGAAAAACACCAGCUGUACCUGUGCUGCAGCCGUGAGGCUGAGCUGUGGGACUGGAUCACCAGCUUUCUCAAAGCUCAGAACGAGGACCCCGGGCCUCCGCUGCUAAGGCGUCACUCCUCCUCCGACAUCUCCAAGCAGAAGUUUGGCACAAUGCCACUCGUCCCCAUCAGAGGAGAUGAGAGCAACAGCAGCAUGCUGUCGGCCAAUCAGACGCUGAGGAAGCUACACGACAGGAGGACUCUCUCCAUGUACUUUCCCAUGAAGGUCCAGCCGGACUCAUUCGAGGAGCGUUCAGAGUCUCCUGGCCUCCCUGAGCCACUCUAUGAGGAGGUCGGAGACUUUGGUCUGCAGGUGCUCAAAUCUCUGGAAACCAGUUUCCGGUCCAGUGGUGCUGCAGAGACCCAGGAGGUCCCGGACCACCUGCCGCUCCGACUGGUUCCUCUGGAGGCUGGCCAUCUGGAUCACAUGAUCGUCCAGGAAGAGGAAGCUCGUACCAGCGGGUCUGAGGAAACUGUGGAUCAGAGCGGCAUCAGCAGUGAAGGAGGAGCUGCAGGAGAAUCGGACAUCCUUCAUCAGCCUGCAGUGAGGAGGAGACAGAAGCUGCAGGGAGUCUGCACACCAUCACAGGAGCUGCUGCUGCAGGAGCUGUCAUCAGCCUUCAUCAAGAAGGCUGAGGAGGAGGGGCAGGAGGAAGAGGAAGAGAGGCCAUAUGAUGUCUGAGAAACAGGAGUGAGGAGGAGGCUGAAGAGAUCUCAUCACAGCACAGCACAUAGUGUUGUGGAGUCAGAGGACAUCUUUCCCUCAGCGUCCAUCUAACAGCCGUCCUGGAGCUUCAGCCUCGUGCAGCAUUCCAGACAGCAUCUGUUUUGUUAUUGCUUCAGUCUGUACUACAGCUGUCCUCACGCUACCUACAGUUCCAUGCAGUAUGUCCACAGUGUGGACUUCAUCAUAAUAUUGCACACUAAGGUUUGACAGCUGCAGUCUGACUGAUGUUCACUCAGUGCCUCAGACUUGUUUCUAUACUGUGGUGUCGCUGCUGAGAAGACUGUGGAUCAGAACGAGCAGAAAGACAUGCUGGCUGCAAAGUCCAGCUGAAUACAGUUGAACUUCUGAAACAUGGUAUUGGGACAAACUAACUCUGUUCAGACAUAUUAUUUAGAGUGGUGAUGUGGAUCCUGGAAUGCAGCCUUUGGUCUUUGUCAGUUUGCUCAGCUGAUUUCUCUUCCAUGUUCAUGGAGACGAUUUCUCUGUUCAGCUCUGAUUCUCUUUUCUUUCUAAUUUAACCCUCUGAAUCCCUGGGCAGUUUCUCACAGUUUACUUUUCCUUUUUCCUCACUGUGUUUCUCUACAGUUUCUCUGCAGCUCUGUGGAAACAGAACCACUCAGAAAUGUGUUUUCCAGGUUUUAAACUCAGAAAUGACAGAAGAAAGAGAAACAAUUCUUCGAUGAUGUUCUUUAGAAAAAUGUAAUAAAUGUAUUUACAGAUGUCAGCAGCAUUGGAGGCUCCACCCACUAGAGAUAUUUAAGUAUUUACAUUUUACAGCCUCUACAAACUUUUUUUACUUCACAGUUAAACAAGCCUUUCUAACCCACUUGGUGGUGUUGAAGGCAUGCUUCCUUCUUUAAAAAAAUCUCCAGAAUGACACCAUUUAUCAGGCUGAAACACUCCUUUACAAGGUCAGUGAAGAUUGAUAACUUUAACAAAGCAGAGAAAGAGCUCUGUGGGCCCGAAGAAAUGUCGCGAAAAAUUUAAUUAAAAUUAUUUAUUCCACUGGAAUCAUUUAGAUACAACCUGCUACAGAUAUUUAACUAUUUAGAUUUAUUACAGCCUCUACAAACUUUCUUAUGACUUUUUAAUGACGUUUCACCAUGCUGAAUGUAUCUAAAAUGUAAAUGACACAUGUAAAAUAGAAAGAUUUUCAUGAAAUAUAGAUGUUUUUAUUUUUUCUGACUGAAUGGCACACCACACAUGAUUAGUUCAGGGAAUCAUCUGUGGUUCCAGGAAGUUCAAAAAUCUGAUGAAUCUUUCUGUCACAGCUGGGUCAGACAAAGAGAACUAGUUGUGCUGAGGAGGGAUCUGAUUUGAUCAUUUUUAAAUGAAAUAUGUAGAAUAAAGUGGUUUUGAUGAAAUACCACAGUUUUAAGCUCAUAUUUGGUUUAUUUGCCUGAUGUACACAUUACAUUCAAGGACCAUAAGAAAGUACACAAUCUGAUGAUUCUGUCUCUUUUGCUGCAUGUUGUGAGGAUGAACAAACUAGUUUUCAGACUGAUGUGUGAAGUCGAAUGAAAAUUGUAGAGAUCGUCAUGAACAGGUUUGUGUGUUGAAAAAUAUUUUUUUUGUUGUGUCUGCCUCUGAGGAAUGUAUAACCGCCUCUUUAAACAGGCCUGAUGUUGAACCUGUCUGUGAUGCUGUGAGCCAGCAGCAGAUGGCAGCAAACAGUCAGUAAAACAACAAGGACACAACAUGAAGAUCAACAGUGCUGCAGAAAGACUUGAUGCGUGUGUCCACCAGUCCUCACCAGCGUGGCUCUGACAUCUCACUGCUCUGCUAGUGCUUCGUCUGUAUAUAUUCAGUAUGUUAUUCUAUAAAGCUGGUUGUUCUGAA